AUGGGAAUUCUAGGUUCGCCAAUUUCACCAAUGGAUACACUUACGAGUAAUGCGAUCGGACAAGGUAUUCCCACUACUUCUCCAGCCGCUAUGCAAUACUUUGCUGCACAUCCAAGAAGGCAACAAGUGCAUUUUGGCAAUUAUCUUCUUUUGCAAACAUUAGGUGAAGGUGAAUUUGGAAAGGUCAAAUUGGGUGUUCACAAAGAAUGGGGAGAGGAAGUCGCUGUUAAGCUGAUCAAGCGUGACAAAGUUGGGACAUCUGAUGGUCAAUUACAGAUAACCGGACCAUCCAAAGAUCCUGCAAAAAUGAGCAAGGUAGAAAAAGAGAUUCGGGUCUUGAAAGAUGUUCGGCAUCCGAAUAUUGUUCGCUUGUACGAAGUGAUCGAAUCGGACAGGUAUAUUGGGAUCGUUUUGGAAUAUGCAAGUGGCGGAGAAUUGUUUGAUCACAUUCUUGCUCACAAAUAUCUCAAAGAUCGCGACGCUUGUCGUCUAUUCGCGCAACUCAUCUCUGGAGUAUCGUAUCUGCAUCAAAAGAAGAUCGUUCAUCGUGAUUUGAAGCUGGAGAAUCUGCUAUUGGACCGCAAUCGAAAUGUGAUCAUUACGGAUUUUGGAUUUGCAAACAACUUUGAGAACAAGAAUGAUGAUUUAAUGGCAACAAGUUGCGGUAGCCCGUGCUAUGCAGCUCCGGAAUUGGUUGUUCAAGACGGUCUUUAUGCUGGUUCAGCUGUUGAUGUUUGGUCUUGCGGUGUGAUUCUGUAUGCAAUGUUGGCAGGCUAUUUACCCUUUGACGAUGAUCCGGCUAAUCCUGACGGCGAUAAUAUCAACUUGCUAUACAAGUACAUCAUGGCAACACCUUUGUCUUUCCCAGAUUAUAUCGGCCCUCAACCGCGCGAUUUGCUUUGCAGGAUGUUGGUUCCUGAUCCUCUAAAGCGAACAACUCUUGCUGGCGUGAUGGCACAUCCGUGGCUUUCUCCAUACAGAGACUUGUUCAAGUUCAGUGUUGAAGAGCUUGAGAGGGCUGCGAUCGAACAACAGAAUAAAAAGCGUCAAGUUUAUCGUCAACAAAUGAUUAUGCAGCAACAGAUGCAAGAACAGCAA